GGCUGUGCGCUCCUGCCCAAGGUUCCUGUAGCAGUAGACAGAGCAGCGGCACGCGGAGCUGCGCGAGGACACAAGGAGCUGGAUAACGCGCACCGGGUCGGCGCAUGUAUUUGUUCAUUAUUCUUUCCCGUCUUUUAUUCCGCUGCAUCUCCUAUGCUGGGUGCACUCCAUCCCCGCGUCAACAACACACCUCUCACGGACAAAACAUGGACAGUCUAGGCAGCCGCUGUAAGAUUGUGGUGGUCGGGGAUACGCAAUGUGGGAAAACUGCACUCCUGCACGUUUUUGCCAAAGACUCCUAUCCAGAGAACUACGUGCCCACUGUGUUCGAAAACUACACAGCCAGUUUUGAGAUUGAGAAGCACCGGAUAGAGCUGAAUAUGUGGGACACAUCAGGUUCCUCUUAUUAUGACAACGUGAGGCCAUUGGCGUAUCCUGACUCAGACGCGGUUCUCAUCUGUUUCGACAUCAGCCGCCCAGAGACUUUGGACAGUGUCAUAAAGAAGUGGCAAGGAGAGACGCAGGAGUUUUGUCCCAACGCCAAAGUGGUGCUGGUGGGCUGCAAGCUGGACAUGAGGACAGACGUCAGCACCCUGAGGGAGCUCUCCAAGCAGCGCCUCAUCCCUGUCACCCACGAGCAGGGCAGCACAAUAGCUCGACAGAUGGGGGCGGUGGCCUACGUUGAGUGCACCUCCAAGGUUUCAGAGAACAGCGUUCGGGACGUGUUCCACAUCACAACGGUUGCAUCGGUGCAACGGGCGCACAAGCCGCAGCUCAAACGCAGCAGUUCCCGCAGAGGCCUGAAGCGGGUGUCACAGCUCCCCCUGCCCCCUCUGCCGGGCCGGACUGAACAAAUGGACGAAGCCCCCACCAUGAGGAAGGACCGGGCCAAGAGCUGUGUGCUCAUGUAGAGACACAUCACUAUGAAAAAUAUAUAUAUGUAUAUAGAUAAACACAGAAAUAUAUGACACAGGAGGUCUAUUUAUUGUUUUUUUUCUUUGCACUGCAGAGGAAUGAGGAUACAGGAAACACUGCGCGGUGGAACAAAAUGCUUUGGAUGUUUUUCUUUUUGUUGUGUGUUCAUAUUUCCUAAGCUGUUUACAUAUUUGUGUUGUUUUGAAAUCAUGGCAAAUUGGACUAAACCUCUGGACAAGAGGAAGCUGUGGUAGUGGAAAUGCCUACUAGUCCCGGGUAUUAAGGAGGAAUUCAUUUCCUGAAGCCGCUCCAAAUGGAGGAUGGCACUGUGGCGAAGGAGGUGAAGAGCGUGUGAGGAGGACCAUGUUGAAAGAUAUUUUCUGAAGCGUCUUGUUUUCAAAGACAGUGCUGCUCAGCGAACAUGAGGACUAAUUCUCUAGCUGCACUGUCUGAAAUUGCUUCCUGUUGCAAUUUUGAGAGAAAAAUGUACAAUGAUUCUAAAAAAAAAAAGGGAUUCUAGUGACUAGAUGAAUGGUGGCUCAAACCAUACCUUAGUAGCUGGAAAUUAGAUUAUGUAACACUGAAAUAUUGAGACGGUGUGCAUUACCACCACAAGUGCAUUUAAGAAGUCAAAUAUCUAAUUUUAUGUUGGUCAUUUAACACAUUUGUUCUCAUCCACUCUAAUUGUUUCAGUCUGAUUCACUGAAGUUAAUGCUGUUGUAUCUAUUUUAAAGAUGUUUCUUUGUGGAAAAUAAAGCGGUUAAAUGUUAGGCUAUUUGGUUUCCUUUCACUGAAAUAAAGCAAAAGCUUGUCUGUACAA